AUGAGCAUGCUGCAACAGCGGGCAGGCAUAAGCUCUUUUUGGCUUCCCGGCAGACAUGGAAAGGGUGACAAGAAGAAAGAGGUUAUCGGGCGGAUGUAUCAUCCCGUUCUUCUCACGCUGAUUGGCAAGUUGAAAGCCACGGCCGACAUUGCUGAUCCCGAAAUAACACCUCCAACCGUCUUUGCCCAAGCCAUCCUGAGCCUCCUCCCUCUUCAGACUUCCGGUGGUCGACGCGAAACUGCGCCCAUCCACCUCAUGUUUCAUCUAAAAAUGGUUCGUCAACGAUUCAUAAUGGUGAGCCUUGCGUACCGUGGUCCCGGACUGUCAUAA